UUUGGCCGCGGGGUCAGGGUUGGUUGAGCGGUCGCGGACGGAGCGCUCGCAGGUCGACCGGGGGGCAUCAUGGCUCAGCACGGCGCCUACCGGCAGCCUCCCAAGCAGAGGCUGCGCGGAUCAAACCCCAACGCGAUGGACCCCAACCAGCUCUUCGAUGACACCAGCGCCUCCCAGCCCGCUGGCUACACUGUCCAAGGCAUCGAAAUGGGGCUUCCAAUCAAUAACUUCCUUGGCGAGCCUGUGGCCAACGUCGCUAUGGCCUACGGCACCACGAUAGCCAGCCAGGGGAAAGAUAUCGUCCAUAAAGAGCUGCACAGGUUCGUGUCCGUCAACAAGCUGAAGUACUUCUUCACAGUCGACACAAGAUACGUCACGCAGAAGCUGAUUCUACUGCUGUUCCCCUACACCCAUCAGGUACAGAGACCGGGGCAUUGGUCAGUAACGUGGAAUGAGGACCAACUGGGCUGGGGAGAAACACGUAGGGCCAUAACCCGUCACUCGGUUACGACGGAGUGUUCGUAGGUCAGGAACCAACCGAGACACGCUGUGGGUGAGGACCGAGGGACAGGAGAGCGAGUGGGCUCAGAAGGAGUAACCUCACUGACUCUGUAAGGUAGCCUGCUACACUUUCCCGGCUCUGCCUUGCUCCACCCACCCUCCGUCUGUGGCAGCUCAGGGAAUGCUGGCGGUGGAGGGUCAGGAAAAUGCAGGAGAUGGUGACACGGAAUAGUGGGGGUGGGGAGAGAGGAAAAUGCC